UCCAGCUGAUCGGCCCAGGAAUCCCCGGUGGUUCCGUCCGUCGUUGGCUUUGACGGUUCGGUGUCUCACAGUCGCUAAACUGCCCGAAUCCUUCGCACACAGGGGCCGCUCGUGUCGGCGAAUCGCUCCCCGAACAGAUAAACUCGAGAAGAAUCGCCUGUCGGCCGUGGAUGUUGAUUCGCAGCCGUGUUGGAUCGAAAGGCAAACAGAAGGCCCUCACUCCAUCCCCGGAUUCACCUGCUUCGCCCGCAGCCUGACAACCAGCGCCGACAUGGGGGACACCGGGAGCGAAGGCAGCAAGCCUCCGAGUAACGUUAACGUCGUGCCACCGCGCUGUCCGUGUGGCUUUUGGGGGUCGAGCAAAACCAUGAAUUUGUGCUCCAAAUGUUUUGCAGACGUCCAAAAGAAACAACCAGUUGAUGAUUGUGCCCCGAAACCUUCCACCAGCUCCAGCAGUAGCCAAACAGACAUCUUCUGUAAUGAACCAAACAGCAACAACAACAACAGCAGCAGCUGUCAGACACUAGCAACACCGGAGGAGCCAGAAGACUCGGGAGCCACCUCUCGACCCGCUCAGGACGAAGUUUCCAGCACAGACACUGUGGUCUUCAGUCCUCUCUCCACUCCCACAAAACGCUCCUAUGAGUCUGCCUCCGAGUCUGAAAGUGACGUCUCCCCGGCGAAGCAGGCGCGAGUCGCGGAGCUGCCAGAAGGUGAAGAGUCGUCGUCCUCGUCCUCAACGUCUGCUUCAUCGUCAUCCUCGUCUCGCAGCGGCUCGAAACAGCGGAGCCGCAAACGUUGCCAUCGAUGCCAAACCAAACUGGAGCUGGUGCAGCAAGAGCUGGGCUCCUGUCGCUGCGGCUACGUCUUCUGCAUGCUCCACCGGCUCCCGGAGCAGCACGAGUGUAUGUUCGAUCACCUGGGCCGCGGUCGGCAGGAGGCGGUCCUCAAGAUGGUCAAGCUGGACCGCAAAGUAGGCCGCUCCUGCCAGCGCAUCGGAGAGGAAUGCUCCUGAGCGUGCGCUUUUGCAAAAAUCUGGAGAUUGUGUCUUAGCACGAAGAGGGAUUACUUUUUUUUUUUCCUUCCUGUUUUACCUGCUUAUUUUCCCCCUGGACUCUUGCUGUUUGGAUUCAAAUGUAGACUUAUCUAAAGUGAUACCUUUGGCUUCUGUUCCCCCCGUGACAUCCCUGCUGCUAAGAUGCCUUUUGGAAAACCCUGUUAUUGGAAUAAGGAAAUUUCGGCCUCACAUUUUGUAAGCAGAGUAAUGUGAGUGGACUUUUGUUGGAUUAAGAGAAGAACUGUUUUCUUUUUUGUGACAAAACUGCGGAAGCCUGUGAAGAGACUCUUCUGUAAGAUGGAAUGACGAGCACCCUACCGUUUAUAGACUUUGCUAUUUACCUCAAAAUCAGACUGAGCUGAGUUCCACUCUGGACUUGGUGAACAAACUCAGUUAGUCAGUGUCUUAACCCCUCGUACUCCCACCACCUCUUCUCCUAAUCUGUAGACACCCGGUUUCACAAUCCACCUCAGGAUUUCUAAUCUCCCCCGAUGUUCCUUCCCCGCCCCUAGAAGUUCCAGGACCGACUCUGUGGAGAUGUGUAAGUGUAUCCGGAAUAUUCAUUGUGACUCAUAAGAACUGUUGUGAAUCACACACACGGGCCCGGCUCCACACCGGUGGAUCUGGAGGUAAAAUGCAGAGGAUCCGACGUCUUCCUCGUUGAGUAGUUUCCGACUUGUUCCCCACCCGUCACAUGUUCCGUGUGUGCUUAGUUACCAGGACAAUAAUAAUGUGCAAGACCUGAAAAUGCUGCACCCGUGACUGAUCCUCGGUGGCGGCGGCAUCGUUUUUAGGUUGUUCAAAGUUCAGGUCGCACAUCCUGUCUUACUUCAUUUCAGUUCUCAACACUUAAGAAGGAUUGUUUGUGGCACAAAGUUGGGUUUGAUUCUUCAGUUCUUCACUUGUUUUUGAUCUCAGAUCGUGACGAACUCGUGCACCUCUUUUUUCCCCCCCCUCCUUCACUUAUCGAUUGCUCUACUUUAUUUUCCUCCCGUUCUUUUCUUGCGUGGAAGCAGGAACGAAGCUGGUUGGGGUUGUGAAUGUUUAAAUCAGCUAAUAAGUUAUUUCCAAAUAUUUCCUUGUGGACUAUAGAACUGUAUCUUAAAAAGAAAAACCUCAUUUAACCCCCCUUUUUUUGCAUUUUAAAUUUACUUAGUGUAGGUCAUACCUGGAUCAUUUGUUCAUUAAGUAUUCAAUUGAGAGCUUUCUUAUUCUCGUUGCAUCUUGAAACUGAAAGAAACUAAGUUCUGUACUCGAAAGACCUGUUAACCCGCUAACUAGGGUCCAGGAUCUGCCCAAAAAAGUGCAUUCCACUGAGAUCUACUACUCUAUUUUGUCAAAUAUUAAUAUAACGAAAGACAAGGCGACAGAAAGUGGAUGUUUGAUUGCUCUGAUUUAGAUCUCUUUGAAGCUUUAGACCAAGAAUCUUGAAUUCUGAAUUAAUCUGGCUUACUCAAUUUGCGCAACGAAUCUGGUUUUCACUUAUUCGAUGCCUCAAUUUCAUAUGAAAUGAACAAAUGAAACCAGGACUAGUGCUGUUUUCGUUCAAUUCCGUCGGAAUGUUUGGGAAGACACAUGGAAAAUAUAUUUUUGUCUCUUUAUGUUUUGCUUUCUACCCGCUUUUCUUUAACUGAGAGAGAAUAAACUGGAUUAGACGAAAUAGAA